GCAGCGAAGGGGGGCGGGGGAGAGAGGAAAAAAAACUGCAGCGCAGAGCUGUGGGCAGCAGCAGCAGCGAGAGAGAGAGAGAGAGAGAGAGUGGAUAGCAGUAGGAGUCGAUGAUUAUAAACCAAAAAAAAACAAACACCUCGAAAAUACCUUGGUUAGGGAGACGGAGAAAAGACAAAAGCUCCAGGCCCUGAAGUAAGGGACCGACGCUGACCCAUUGCCUCCUUCCCCGUGUAGGUAUUACUGGAAUUGCAAGUGCUUCACUGAAAGUGCCAAGGAAAGCAUUUUUAUUUAUUUUUGCUGCAGAGGAUGAAAAGAAACAGGAAUAUCAACUCGGCUUAUAUGUUUUACUAUGGUCAGCUCUGAUAAAUGAAUAGAGAAAGCUAAUCUGGACAAGUGGGAAAAAUAAAUUGACCUACAAUUUAAAAAAUCUUUUGAAGUAUUUUAAAAUUUAGUUUUGUUUAUCAUUAUCUUUGGAUGUACUUGGGUAGAUGUUAGAUUUAGAAUUAUUGUUGAAUGACAUCCUUUAGGAUACGCUUUUCAAAUCAGAAUAGGGACUUUCUAAACUGCCAUGUUUUCAACAGCUAUGUAUAAAAAAUGAUGGAACUGCGAAGAGACGAAAGAAUGAUGAGACUAAAUUUGUAAAUGUGAGCAUCUGGUGCAUUCAUAAAAUAAAAUCUGGACACACUGUGUUUUUUUAAUUAUGCUGUAAUCAAAUCAUAAGCCGACAACCAGUUUAUUUGUCCUUUUUUGUAAUGUAAACUUUUUUUUUCUCUGUGGGACAUUUCAUUCAGAACAUUAAUGAGGUGAGCAAAGUUCUUCCUCUUCUCAGUUGAAAAAAUAAUAGCUGGGUAGGCCCUGGGGCUAUUUUUAUACUUGGAGAAAAGGGAAAAUAAAAUGAAUAGCUGAGGUGGGAUUGAGGUGCAGGCGAGCACGAAGUGCUGCUUCUGGUCCUAAGUGACCAAAUCGCUCUACAAGCUCUUACCAUCAUUUGCAAACCUGCCUCGGCGAAAACGAGAAGCUUCAGUGCUGGAAACAUCAAAGCCGAGGGCCCAAAGAGCGCUGCUUGGAGGAUCUUGGCCAUGAGGUUUCAUACCUCACUUCGUUGACUGGAAGACACUGGACCUAAAUGGCGCAGCAUGACUUUGUACCUGCUUGGCUUAAUUUUUCAACAUCUCAGUCUUCAGCUAAGUCUACCAGUGAGAAAUAUGGUGAUCAUUUUGCCCGGGGUGAUGGUCGAUUUGGUGUGAGUCGUAGAAGGCAUAACUCUUCAGAUGGUUUUUUUAGUAGUGGUGUACUCCGAGCUGCUGGAGGUAGGAAAGAUGGUUGCUAUCAGCCUUCAUUGCUUCGUCAUGAUUCUGUCGAUUCUGGGGUUUCUAAGAAUGUUCACGUCAGCCUUUCAGGAAGUCAAGGUUGGAAAGAGAGUGCUGGUUGGCACAACGUAACUAGAGGUCAUGAUGCUAUCAAUCAGCGUGGGGGUGGUGGUGGCCAUCGACACUGGAAUGGCAACUUCCAUAACCGGAAGAGCUCAGGAUUCCAGGACAAACCACCUGUUGAGGUUAAGGAAGAGAAAAAGGAGGAAAAGGAUAAAAAUCUUCAAUUUGAAGAGGAGGACUUUCCAUCUCUGAAUCCUGAUGCUGAAAAGCAGCUGAGCCAGAGCAGACCUCUGAGCACACCUGCAGGAGUAUGGGAAAAUCCUCCAAGUGCCAAGCAGCCGUUUUCUAAGAUGCUGGUCAUCAAAAAAGUUUUGAAAGAGGAACCAAUAUUCUCAACAAGCUUUUCUUCCUCAGGAAAUCAUCUUUCGAGCAGCAACAAAAACACUGCAAGUCCAAGUGUUUACAAAAAUCUGAUACCCAAACCUACAGCUCCACCCACAAAGAAGUGCUCCAUUUCUGUGGGAAGCCCUUUGGAGGUGAGGUGCAAUAUGACAGUGACAAAGGUUGAAAAGCAAGGUCCAUGGAAAUCCACUGGAAGGGAGAACAAACCUAGCUUGCAUUUCUCUGGCCAGGAUUCAGCAUUUACAAGCCCUAUUGCAAUGAUCAAACCUCCAGCGCAGUUCAGUAGCAGUUCUUGUCAUAUCUCUCCAAAAGAGUUCCAGACUCCUUCAAGCACCAUCCCUCCAUUCGAGAUGAAUACCAGUCGACUAAUAAAAAUGACUCGCGUGAAGACUGACAAGAAGAGUGAGUUUUUGAAGGGAUUAAAAGAUGGUGAAAUUUCAGAACACCGGAAUUUCAACAAAUUAGAAGACUGUGUCCAUAAUAUUCCAGAAAGGAAGGGAAAUGGGAAAGCGAAUGGUCAUCAGCAUAACAUUUCCUCCUUUGGUCCAGAAAAAAACUACCUUUCCAGUUCUCUUGAGGCAGAACAUAGAUUAUUGAAAGUAAUGGGUUGGCAAGAGUGCCCUGAGAGUGAUGAUAACUUCAUGCCUCUGACUGAAGAUGAGCUCAGGGAGUUUCAGGCUAAACUUGAGCUGCUGAAGAAAAAUGGCUUUAGGAAAAAUGGUUUUCAGCUGAAGAACCCAUGUACAGCUUUACAUUUCGCCCAAUGGAGAGGCACUUUCAGUCCAGGGCUUCCUGAAGAUUCAGAUUCUGAAACUAGCAGUAGUACCAAUUCUGAUGAUGAUGCUUAAACUUGAUACAAAUGGAAUUCACGUUAUAUGUUUUCUUAUAGCUGAAGGACUAAACUUAUUAAAGCUCUUUUGGCACAGAGUUAUAUUUUUCCAUGCACAAAGGGAGAUGAUCAUAUCCCAAAGAAGAGAAUUUGCUUGUCAAGCUUUUUUUCUUUUUUCUUUGACCAGCUGGUCCUGUUGAAUGCUUCGUAGAAUGAAAUAUGUCAAUAAAGAAGAAAAGGGGCAAAGCACAUAACGAGUAAUCAUUUGCAAGGAAAAAUGGGUAUUUUUUUCAAAAGCUUGGGGGAAAAAAAUAUUUGCAGACAAUUAGUAGGGAUAGCAAUGUGAUAGAACAAGCAGUAUCAGAGACAAAUUCAUAAUAUUGAUGAUAUUGUCAAAAAUAAUGUUAACUACAUAUGUUUUUCAAUGUCGUGACCUUUUGAGAAGAUGAAACAAACUUUGUCACCAGAGGUUUAUCUCCAUUUCUUUGGUACAGUUGUAAAAUAUUCACGAUAGGAGCUUUUAAGUUCUUCAAACAGCCUUGAUAUUCAGGGUGGAUUGUAAAAUAUGAAUUUUGUGAAAUUUCAAAGAUUAAGAUUAUUUUGAUAACAUUAUUUACAAAUUUAAAUAAGUGGCUAUCACAUAUGAAUAUCUGUAUGAGAAAAACUACUGCAUUAAAAUAACUUGGAAUAAAUAUUUUGCAUCAGUUUGCCAAAAUGGUUUGUGUUUUAACACUUUUAUUGAGGUUUUUCUUUAAGUUACUGUGUAACUAAAUUGUUUGUUUCAGAUUAAAUAUCUACCACAAUGAAAUUCAACCAAACGUAUGCCGAUAUUCAGCCAACAUGCAUUACAUGGACAAACAUAAGGGUUCAGCACAUAUGUUCUAAAAUUGUUGGUAGUUUUGAUAAAAUUCCACUGGCCUAGUUUUGUUUAUUGGGGCUCGCAUCCAUUGAAUGAUACUUUGUAACUAGAAAAUAUCAACUUCAUUUUUAAAAAUAGUUACUUUAUCUGUGGAUAGUUAUUUGAUUAUGUCAUCUUAGGAUUUGGUCAAUGUUGGCAGAACAGCAUUUGCAGCUCAUCCCAAGAAUAUGGUUGCUCUUUGAGAAUCAGUCCUUGUGACGAUCAUGUUCCUGGAGAUGGGAGAUUUGAGGUUAUUAACGGCACAGCUAUGCAAGUCAAACUCUGUGAGAUUUCUGAAAUUGUAAGUCAUUUUCCUGUGUAGAUGGUUUCAUCCUCUCAUUAAUGACGAUGCUUGUUAAGAAAGGAUUACUGUCAAAGGAACUGAGUUGGUGUUUUUCAUCCUGUAGAUGGUGAAUAUUGCAUCAGCAAUAGUGAAGAAUGGUUGAGAUACUGCAUUUUGAAUGACAUUAGUAUGUUAUUACAUGUUCCAGUAUUCAAAACUGCAUUUAAAAAAAAAA